UGUGUCCAUAAUAGUGAGAGUGUGUUGUAGCUGUUGGCAUUGCAUUUUGAGUAGCAGGACUGAACGUAGCAGUGCACUAACUGAAGAGAAGCCCUCAGUGUGCAUGUAUGGAUGAAUAACACGCGCAAAAUAUUCUACUGGACUAAUCAAUUGAUUUCUGCCUCUCUCCAUACUUCAAGGACUUUGACAUAACGAGAACAUGUGAACUACACGCAGCUGUCGCGGUUGGCCUACGAACGAUCUCGCUCCGAUGACUUUAAUGACCCUCUUCCUGGCAUUGAUCGUAGGAUUUUGGAAUAAGUCAGCAAAACGUAAAGCAAUGAGAACUGGAAGAUGUGGUUGUAACCAUUGGUGCUUUGAGAAUCACUUGGAAUGUCCUUUGAACACAGAGGUUUGGAAUUCUUUCUUAAUUCUGAGCUGUCUGAGUGCUCUGUUGCCGAUGGCUGACAGUCAUGAAAUGCAGACUCUGCAAGACCUCGAGAAAACGAUAGUAGAGACAGAACAUUUAUUUCGAAGUUCUGAUGCCCGAUUGUACACACCAAAUAUUGACAAUAUUGAAAAUUGCACAAAUAAGUUUAUUGACUGUUAUCUGCUGGAGAUGAAUGUUCUCCUGCAUGAAGAAAACGUAACCUUUCGAAACAAGAUGAAGAUCAAGAAAACUUUAGAUCAAUAUACCAAAUAUAACUGCUUAGAACGAUAUCCAUGCGAAGUACAAGAACUCACCAAUUCCACAGUGUUCUUUCAAAGGAUGAAGACGUUUCUCACAAAACUGAAGAUACUUUGUAAAGGCAAACUUCAUGUAUAUACAUGUGAUUAGAACAAGACCUUUUUUUUCUCAGAUAACAUGUAAAAUAAGCUUAUUUGUGUCUGUUAUCAUAAUAUCUAUUAAAUUAUGCCAGUGACUUUAUAUCAAUAUUUAUAUGUAACACUGUCCAAACCUGUCUCAGGCUGUCAUUUUGUUCAUGCUAUAUUCUUACAAAAAUAUAUUUUCGUAAAAAAGGUUUUCUAAAUAUUCCCUAGGUGUGAAUGUCUUCUAAUUGUACAGAAUUUAAGGUAAAUAUAUAAAUAUGAUAAGUAAAUAUAUUGUUAAAUACUGUUUAACGUUUUGAUGCAAGGAUGAGAUUAGAUGGUGCUGAAAAAUGGUUUUAUAUUUGCAUAUACUGCUGUUUUACAUUCAGUGUCUUGUUACAUUAAAGCACUUUUCACUGACAAUGGAUGGGAUCAUUU